AAUGGUAAAACACUCCUAUUCUAGGAGAAGCUGUAAAUAAUGGGAUUUCGAUCGGAUAAACGAUCUUUAACUGACAUUAAGCUAAUCCCUCCUGAUUAUCGUGUACCCGAUAUCUCUAUUUUAAUUCAUGGAUAUCUAGAAAAAGAAAUAAAAAUAGCUGGAGUUUUAAACAACAUACCAUGUACUUUAGACAUGAAUAGCAGGUGUGAAGUUUUAAAACAUAUUGAUAAAGGCAAAGCAAGAGGCGAUGUAAUAUGGAAUUUAAAUGGGAAAAACGAUUCAGUCAUAUCAGUUAGUGCCACAAACAUUAAGCUUGUUCGAAGGGAUGAUACCUUAGAUGUUUUCCUUCGUAUACAUAUAAAUGAGAUUGCAGCUAUAUGCUAUAUUAAAGACGAUGAUUUACACCUAGUUGCCAUAAAAUUUACUGAUGAUCAAGAAAAUAUUGGAUAUUGUAAAUUAUGCGUUUUGCUUGUACACGAAAAGGAAAAUGCUGAAGAAUUGUGUUCACUUGUUAAACAAUGUUUCGAAAUUAUGUACACUGACUCAAGCCGGUACUUUGAAGAUAGAAUGUAUUCUGGUAAUGCUACUCCGAGAACGUCUAUAUCCUAUCCAGAUACUUCAAUAUCAAAUAUGACUGGAGAUUUUAGAACUAUUGGUUAUCCCACAUUAUAUUCUACAAAUUCUGGACGAGAUUCGGAUACAAGUUCAUCAGAUUCAGAAGAUGGAGAGAGGAAAAAUGAAAUUUUAGACGAUUAUAUGAAUAAGCUUCAAGAAAGAUUAAGCACAGAGGAAUUGAAAAGAUACGCUGUCUUGAUGAAAGCCAGAUAUGAAUCUGGAAUGCCAUUCCCUGACUUUUGUAAUAGUAUACGGGAAUUGUAUGGGCGUGAUCGUAUAUUUCUAUUAAGCGGUAUGAGACCCUUUAUACCGGCAGAGGAUAAAGCGUUUUUCGAAAAUUUUCUUCGUCAAAUUGGAAUAGAAGAUGACAGAAGUUGGAACGAAGCCUUCGGAAAGCGACCUCAAGUACGAAAUAGAACAUUAUCGGAGGAUUUGAAUAUGGAUUCAAUCCGUUUAUAA